GAAAAUGCGACACCUUCACAAAUGCAAGGAGGCUAAAAUGUAAGACUAGAACAAGAGAGACAUGAGAAUGGAUGGUUGGCUACAUGUCUCAUACAGAAGCCGGGAUGUAGUUCGGCGCCAUGAACCUAACUUCAAUAAAACAGCGUUGAGGAGCACAUCAAGCAGAAUUCUUAACAUGUCUCCAUGACAUCCUUGAUAGAAAAAAAAGACGUUCUACAAAGACGGCAGUUUACCAGUUUAGCCCUCAUCGAUUAUGUUCAGAAGCUGGUCCUACACCACUAACCACAGCUUCUCUCCACAUGGUUGGCGGAAAGUGUGAGGAAGCUACAGAUGAAAAUGCCGCGAGGUGGGGGCAGGGAUGGAGAGAGGGAGAGAGAAGGCGGAGAAGGACGGAUUAAAGUGUAAUGGAACUGUCGGAGCGAGGCGUAGCCACAGACCACCGAGGCACCGCGCAGACCCUCAUUUUGUCCGUGCUGCAGGAGACAAGACACUGCGACGGUCACCAGCAACCAGCCAUCGUCCGUUCCUUCGGCUGCAGUCGAAACAUAUGGUCAGAGGAGACUUGACUGGCUGCUGAAACCAACCGCGGAUUGUGUUGCGUUGGUAAUUGCAGCGGUAUUGAGUGACUGCUGGCGUGUGACUUGUUUUGAGCCGCCCGCCCGUUAUUGAUCAGUGAGCAGCGAGUGGAGCGAGCAAUUGAUGCAUCGCCUCUGUCUCUCUCUCUUUCCUCCCUCUCUCUGUCUCUCUUACGUGCCUCCCGUCGUUCUCGCGUUCUGCCUCCUACCCCCCUACCCCUUCCCCCCUCCCAUCUCAGACUCCUACCGCCUCCUCUCAGCCUCCCAUUUCUCCCCGUCUCUGUCGCGAAUCGAACUUGUGACGCUAACGUAACGAGAACGCGCGAUCUGCAUGCCAGACACGGGGAGAGUAUCGGCCUGCGAGAACAACGCGGUGAGUGAGAUGCGAGCGCAGCUCCUGGUGGCUCUGUGACCGAGUGUCGAGACGGCGCCGACCACUCUGACACAGGAUCAACGUCCAGUUUAUGAAGGAGGGGGAAAAAGGAAGAGCGGGGUACGGAACGUAUAUAUAUAUUUUUUUUUAAAGUCGACGUCUGUGGAACGGAAAGGAAAGCCAGGGCUUGAUGCUGAGAGUGGCGGAGAGUUGAGAUUUUAGCCAAGCGCCGAGGAAGGGCAGAGCACUUUCCGGUCUAUCGAGCAUUUCGACGAAGGAAGGUUUGCGUGACGCCUGGCAGUAGAACACAUGCCGCCACCCCUUCAUUUUACUGCAACGAGACGUUGUCCACUUUUUUCUUCUCUCUCUCAGCCCAGAGUUGUGCCGAAGUCUUGACAGAAAAUAGCUCCGCCGAAGUGUGGAGUGCGCCGCUGUGUGUGUGUGUGGAUGUGGAGGUCGAAGUCGAAGGACAUCUGUCACCCGUGAACAGUAUUGACGGAGAGGUCUACGAUCAAGGUGUUCACUCAGGCUUGCGCAAAGGGCGGUAAACAAUAGGCGCUGAGUGCGUCACGCCAGCUGGCAGCACAGUAGCAACGCCAGACCUCGAGGCGGUGACGUUCUGCACUAAUCUCCCCUUGUCCGGUCGUAGGCCAGGUCAGCGGCUUGAUUAGACGACGGCGAAGAGCAGUAAUUUUCGCCAGACCAGGCGCAGGCCGCACAGACGCUGGGAAACACUCCACCGCCUUCGGAAGCGGGUUCUCAAUUAGUAGGGGCCGACGAAAGGGCAGUUUGUUCAGAACGGCUGCUAGACAAAGGUGAUCACCAGAGGCGCGCGCGGCACCGGCUGAGGACAUGGCGGCCUUUAUUGCCAAGCAGAUGGUGGGAGACCAGUUGAAGUCAGUAAAAGGUGCGCUGGGGGACAAGGAAGAUGGCGGAGAAAAGGCUAGCGAAGAGGGCGAGGAUCCAGAGGUGGCGGAAGCGAGAAGAGAGAUGGAGGAGAAGAGAAAGGAGAAGCACAGGAAGAUGGAAGUUGAACGCGAGGAAAUGAGGCAACAAAUCAGGGACAAGUACGGUCUGAAGAAGAAGGAAAUUGUGGCUGAACCCGAGGCAGAAGGUCGCGUGGGACGGCGAAAGAAGACGCCGGCUGAACUGGCGGCGGAAAAUAAUCCUAAUGACUCUGAUGACGAGGAGUUUGCAAAUGACGCCAGUGGUAGUCGUGUCUUAGGUGCCUGCAGCUUCUUGCAUCUGAACUAGAAAUCCACACACACCACUACCACCACCACCACCGCCGCCGCAGACAUCUUAGACCACCAUCGCCGCCGCGGAACGAACACCACGUCGAUGCGAAGACUCUUUCGACUCCGGUGCUUUGGAGUGUGGGUGCGAACCCAUCAGGCAUUCUCCUCUGUCACGGGGACAACAGGCAGUCCUCCCCAGUGACUGACUUGCCCCUUGCGUCAAGGUUCCCUAACCUAAGCGUCCUUUGUCCCGAGUCUUGCCCUCUUGGCUUUAGUCUCAAAGUAAAGGUGAAGAGGGCAUUGGAGAAAGCUGAAGUCGUUUCGACUGUUGACCAGUUGCUCCUUUCUAUAACCACUCCAGGCUGUCUACCCCAUAUAACACAUCUAAGAUUGCACAUAUGCUCCCAUUUUUUGCAUAAGCAGUCCCUGGGUUGUCGACAAGUCACACUAGACAUUAGCGAUGUUACAACUCCCUUUUAAAAUUACCACAUGACACCCAUAUACAAACCUGCCUGUUGUUUGAGUGAACAGCAUUCACUACAUCUUGCUUCACGUGGUCAAGGACAUCUGAAAUUUGUCUUCUAGAAGGUCAUACACUCGGACAAGUUAAAGUAGAUCUCGAAAUGGUGGAGGGUGUGGUUGGGAUGGGUAGUAAAGAACAGACGCCCGUAAGAAACAAAGUAGAAUCAAAUACAAGUUCGAUCAAAUUGCGAGGAGCGAUACCAUCUGGUUGGUGGGCUGACUAAUGGAGUCCUCCCACACACACACUUUCCUUGCGGCGUUACAUCGGGGCAGACAGCUAUUUAUACAAGCUGUCAGAAAACGUUAUAUACUUUCUAUUGGAUCUGGUGUACUGGGGUUUUUUUUCCCCUCUUUUCUUUCUUUCUAACAUUCAGGUCGCUGCGCUGCGCAUACUAGUCGGGAUAAAUACCUAAAAUAAAGUGAUGGACGCUGUAAGGACGAGCAUGCAUGUAGUCCAAGUUAGGAUAGCAGCCUCCAAGUCAGUUUUGUCUUGAAAAGUCUCAGCGUGCAUCCAUAUUCCAAAUGUAGUGUCUGAGAGCCCUAACCAGUGUUGUUUUGUCUACUGCGUCAGGGAAAGACAUGUUUGUGCACACCAGGUUUAUGAAUAGGACACAAAUUUCGCUGUGUAAGUCUCACGUUGUCCAUAGCAACCAUGCAAAUAUGUGUAUCCGUAUUAACAAACUUUUUCAGACAUAAAUUUCAUUCUACGCAAAAAUAUACUUUUAAAAUAUGUAUUAUUAUAUCUGUUGUUGAUUGAGCGUGGAUUGUGUGUGAGAGAGAGAACAUGUGCCUAAGCAUGUAUGUACACCUAAAUCAGGAAUUCAACAGUCACAUCUCCAAAGUAGUCCUUUUUUCAGACUACAUCAAAGAAGAGUUAUUUCCAACUUUCAUGCAGUAUAUCAUAGCCCUGUGGGAUCAAAGGCAAAGAUAGAUAAAAAGCUAGGUAAUUUAUCACUGACCUUAUUAGAUUUCACACUGGACGUGACUUUUUCCCCCUGUGUCUUCUCUAUAGGAUAUUGAUAUUCAUCAUCAUGGUAAUGGCAUUUUCUGAGAUGUGAGCCACGAAGGGAAGAAAGAGAGAGGAGACACUGCAGCUACUGUCUGGAUCCGCCCCAUUAUUCCUGUUUGCUUUUGACCCAGGCCAUUCCUUUUACUUUGACGGUAAAAGCUCUGCCUAAACCCUUCAAGACCGCACUUGCGUUGGUCCUUGAACCUAUUUUGUAAAAUUUAGAAAGACAAAAAAAAAAUCCUGUGUUGCUGUCUGCAGUGUUUCUGUGACCGGCGCGCCUGUCACGACGGACAACAGGGAACAACAGGGAGGGGCCCUGCGGUGCCUCCCACAGAACUUGAUCAGUCUAUGCGGGCACUCGUGAGUUCAAGUCACGUGGUAAAUCAGGGUCUGUCCUAGACGGGAAUUCUAUUACCGUCCUCUUCUCACGAUUCCACCGGCAAUCUUUAUAUGCGUUCAGACUUUUUUUUUCGCCCUUAAGACGAAUUGCCGUUUCUUUAAAUGCUUAGAAGAUGCAGAAAUCUUCCUCACUCCAUUUUUACGGUUACUGGGGUUAGGAGAAGACCAGCAAGGCUUUCCACUGGCAGUUUGAAUUGAAAAUAUUCAAAUUUUAAUGGCAGCACGUUAAUUAAGAAGUAAUACUUUUUUUUAAAGAGACAAAAGAGGGAGAAAGUAAGCGAUAGAGCGUUAAUUGACAAAGUGUAAAUUGAUAAAUGUAAAGUGACUUAAAGACAAUGAUCAGAAUAAAAUUCAGCAAGCGGUAGUUGAAAUGACCAAGCCAACGUCCAGACCUGAGCUGCUAAGACUGUUACUGACAGCAUUUUUCGCGUUUUGUAUCAUAGUCUAUAAAACAUUCGGCUAGCGUAUGUCAUUAUUAUUGGUAUGUUAAUUCUGGAGUAAUAAUAACUGCAUGCACUCCGCUUUAUGUCUACCCCACUCUCAGUUUGCAUAGCCGUGGACUGUGAUCCUGAACUCCGAAUGACCUCUGUGACCCAAACUCUGAAUGCCUAGAGUAGUCUUAGACCACAUUCUAUAUAAAAAAUUAAAAAAAAAAGGCUGAAAUUAUGUCUUCUUUUAACAUGGUCGACGAAGUGUGGUGUUCUUUUAGUAUUGUCUUUUAAUUACAGCAUAUAAAUGGUAUAGUUCUCAAGAAUAUCAAAGAACUGCUCAUUCUCUUUAAUAAUAGUAGUCUUUUGUCUGUAUUAGUAUUGCGUGAGGAAUAGACUAAAGAAAACGCAGACAUAUGUGCUUUAGUAGGGUGAGAAGGGGUAGAGAGAGUGGGGAAGUUGUUAUACAUGGGUAGCACCAGGCAUUAAAAACUGCAGUAAACGCUGCUUUACUAACAAAAAGUUUCCAGAUGGCCUGUUUGUCUCUCUUUUUGAGCAUGCCCAGUAGAUUGACAGCUGUGGUGGUCAAGAUUCUGGUAUUUUCCAUCCAGUAAUCGAUUUUCUUGUUACUCUUAUGAGAUGGCUUUGUGGUGUGUAGGCAGACUAGCUGGCGCGAGAGCAUUUCUCCACCUCAUGUUUUGGCUGGGGAGUGAGGCGGGGUGAGGGCAAAGCCAUUGCAUCUCUCUGUGUAAUAGUUACAAGAGACAGGAGCUCAGUCUGGUAUCGCUGGCAGCGUUAAAGCUAUUCGGCAGUGAUAAUGCUGUCCUCCUUCUAUCCCUAAAUCUCCUUUCUCUCUACAUCCCAUUGUAAAUUCUGAUGUGCUUUUUUCCUGCCUGUUUUCUUUCAAUAUGAAUUAUUUGGCGAGAUGCGCUUACCGUCAGUGGUUCGUUAUAUGUCUGUGUCAUAAAAUCAAACCAGUUUAAAUUUGCACUGUUUUUCUUAUUUUCUUUAAUUGUUUAUCUUGCUUAGAGAUGAAAUGACAUCUGCUGACAGAAUGGGAUCCGUAAAAGUGAUAUUGUACUAGAAAUGCUCUUCCGGAGAAGAAAGUCUAACCACCCACCACACCACCAAGCAUGCUUUGCUAAACAUUUGGCUAGCGUAUGUCACUAUUAGUGGUAUUUUAAUUCGGGCAUAAUAAUAACUGCAUGCACUUCACUAUGUUCUUAGCUCAAGCAGUACUUAUGUAAAAUUCCCCGUUUCCUUGCGAAUUUAUGGAAAACGACCUUUAAUUAGUGUUCCACCGACCGUCUACACCAUUUUAUGCACGGUCUGUUGGUGCACCUGACUGGCCGCCCUGUAUCCAGGAAUUACAUCUGAAAGUACCUGGAGUGCUGCUGAUAUAAAGCUACAGAGCGAUUGCUGGCCCAAACAAUUAUAAUUAUAGUUGCGGUAGCAAAAACUGAAUCUGUCGUCUGCGAAGAGGGGUGCUUGUCGGAUUUUUUUUAUCAGCUUAGCCUGGCGGGGCAAAAUCUACGACCCAUCCCCAACUCCACAUGUAAAUCUUGUUUCGAUGAAGUGGCCAUGAAUGAUCAACGAAAUUAAGUCGCUCGCGAACUGCACUCGCGCAUCAAAUUAUAGAACAGGGUAAAAUGAAGUUUGUUCGACAAAAGUGCGUGAGAUGCACAAAAAGGUGUAUUGUGUUGAUACGGUCGAGCCCAGGCCAGAUCUAGGGCUGUAGUUAUGAAACAGAGGUACCUCAGAAAUAGCUGUGGACUGCAGUUGGGGUAUGUAUGGUCCUGCAUGGUAAGCAGGCGCACAUCUAAGAAAUCUGCUGUCCAGUUUAUAUGGUCCGCAAUUAGAGCUACAGAUCAAGUAUUCAUUGGGCUCCAGGUACCUAGCAGAGGCAACGCAAUCAGAGAUUGGAAUAUAUCUGGUUCAGACUAUGGCCCCUAAUGGCAGCAAUCAUGGGCCGGGUACACAGCCGCACUAGCAAAAUACUAACUCCCUAGCAGACAUCUAAAAUCCUUAUAAAAUGGUAAUCGUAGGCGUUAGCAUCAGGGCGACAGUACACCAGACCUUUAAACCUAUGGAGGUAUUGUGCAAAAUGUACUCAAGGUUUUUCGUGCAUGUGUGUGUGUGUGUUCUUUUGGAAUACUUGCCGUUCAGGACUAUACCUAUACUGUAAUGAGCAAUUAUCAAUGCUUCCCUUUUUCAUGUUUCUAUUAUUUACCUGUUAUACAUAAUAGCUUACACAUAUAAAUUGCAUGUGUAUUGUGAUAGAAAUAAGUUGUUUCAGUGAAACCAUCUGAUAUACAACUGGUACUUUCUGCUGAAGCUCAUCCAGAAAUGGCAAAUAUAUCAGCACCUCUGUCAGAGAUAUUGGCAUGUCUUUAUGCUGUACUCAUAUGGAAGACUGAAUUCCUUGUCUUAUAGCUUUCAAUAUUUCUUCUUCUUUUAACAUAGACAUGUCCUGUUCUUGUGACUAUACUGAUCAUACUAUUCCACACAAUUUCUUGGAGUCUUCCAUAAUUCUUGCAUGUGUUUCUAUCUAUGUAACAGUUUUAAUGAUUCUAUCCAUUUAUGAGACAAGAACUACCACACACAUAUUUAUACUAACAGAUUUGUCAAAGAGUUCUAUUAUGCAGUUAAAAAGCUAUUUCCAAUGACAGUUCAUGUUUCUCACUUAUGUGUCUUCAUCAUCGGCUUCCCACAAAAUUUCAGUGGUUAUUACUUGUACUUUAAACACGAGAUUGUUGUUAUUUGUUUACAGUCUUUCUCCACCAUGUAACUUACAAGUGCCAAUUUUAUUCUUGCAUUUUUUUUCUUAUUCACUUUUCAGGGCAUUCGUACCUUAUCUCUUGAACACAAAGAAACUUAGAUUGAGGUCUAGAAUAUAUUCUUUAUCCUAUGACAAAGUUUCUCCUUUCAAAUAGCUUCUUAUAAAACUAUUGUUGUGCAUAUUUCAUGUUUCAGAUAAGUCCACUUGGUAGAGCAAUACUGUAACUGAUUUUUGCAGGGUUUUUUAGCAUUUUAUGGAAACAUUUAGUUUGCUUUUUGUACCACCACAUUUAAAUUAUAUGCUUUGCAGCUUGAACAAUGAGAUCUAUAUUUGUUAACAAUGUGCAGUCACUGAAGAAAAAUAUCCCAUUUUUUGAUAUAUAUUUCUCACUACUUUUCUUUGAGUGUUGUUGUUUUGGGGAUGUCUUAACUUUGUUUUUGUUUUUGGGUUUUUUUUCCCAGUCCAUAAAUACUAGCAAUGCAGUAAUGAACAGUUGUAUUAGUUUUGUUAUGUUUUAUUGUUUUCAGAUUGUGUGUUUCUGGGUGCACACACUGUGUGUGAGUGUUCAUGCCCAUGUGUACAUCUGUAAUGUGUGUAAAAAUCUGAGAGAAUAAGAUUAGCAUUUUUACAUAGGACAAUUUAAAUUGUUGUUACAGCAUUGUUUUAUGUGUUGCUAUAAUAUUGUAAAAAGGAAAAUAAUAAAAAGUCUUGUGCAUUCUAA